AUGACUGAGAGCUCUCCUGAUGCCUCAAUACAGGCUCGAAAUGCUCCUGCAAGUCUCACAGCGGUGAAUGCUUUCUCGACAGAGUCUAGUCCAGAUGUCAAGACGCCCUUUUCAGAAGAAGCGAGUGCAAUACCAGAGACAUCUGAGAAACCAGCGGAUGAUUUGACCACAGAAGCCGAGAAAGGUGAUACCAAUAAGGUCGAAGAAGUCACCACCAAUGAGGUCGAGGAAGCCGCUCUCAAUGGAGCUGAGGAAAGUGCUACUAAAGGAGCCGAGGAAAGUGCUACUAAAGGAGCUGAGGAAAGUGCUACUAAUGGAGCUGAGGAAACUGCUGCUAGUGGAGCUGAGGAACUCAAAAAGGACGACCAAGAACAAAUCAAUGCAGCAGCUAUGGAAGCCACGGAACCCAUCGUUUCUGUUGGUGACGAUAAUGACAACAAAGAAAGAGAUUCUUUGAACAAGCCAGAGAAUCAAAUCUACCAAGCAGAUGUUGAAAAUGAAGGCGAUGGCGAUGGCGAUAACGACUCAAUAAUUGACAUAGUAUCUGAGAGUGAGGUCAAUGAAGCUGCAAAACAACUGCUUAGUGCAAAGGCUCCCCAAAUAAAUGUCAACUACAAAAAUGAGACUUUCUUGUUGCUGGGUGAAUACGAUGGAGACAACGCAGGAGAACGGGAUAGCAGUAAAAUUAUAUGCAAGGAUUCUGCUGACUUGCACCGUGGUUGUCAUAUCAUAUUUGGCCGGCUGCGAUUAUUCUUGCAGAAUGUUAAUCGCCCACUCGAUUUGCUCUCGCGGGAGUUGAAGAUGGAAUUCCCUGACUUGGAUUUGAUCAUGGAAGAAGACAACAUGUACAACAAGGACAUUACCAUCAAUGACAUCGUGUCAAUAUUCAAGAUUCUGAAGGACAAUUCGAUCAAAAAAUGUGAAGCGAAUGUACCUACUAUCAUUACUAUAAAUGUGAGCACAAAGCCGCGAUUUGUCUCACGCUACAACUCACUGGUUGAAAUGCUCACUGGUGACGCUACGUUUUCGAAUAUUCGGGUGUUCAGCAAUGAUGAAAGUCACCCAGUGGUGCUCGACGACGGCGAGCAGAUUGAGAAUAAAGACACGGAGGUAAUUGUGAUGUCGUCUGGCGAUGAGAAAGAAGAAAGCGUUGUGGACCAAGAGUCAAAUGAGGCCUCUACCACUACUACAGAGCAGCCUCUCGAGAAAAGCUUUGUGAACGCUUUACGUCCUGAGUCGCCAGGGGCUCUCAAACGGAAAAGAGAUGCAGAGGAGCAACACUGA